AUGGCGGCAUACGUGCAGGCUGUCGAUGAGCCGCUAGCAAAGACAACCGAUGACCACCCACUCAUCGCUACCGAUCCCAACACCAAACAUGUUUUGAUACCUACGGACAGUUCAAUAGCAUCUUCGUCUGAGCAUGAUGUCGACACUCAGUCAGACACGAGCGUUGAAGAAGAGUCAAAGCCAUCUGCCAGGCUUAAUGACCUCUAUCCGGUGUCUGGCCUUGACCUGCCUGACCACCACAUCGACGACGUGAGAAGUCUGAGGGUAGCAGUCAUUGGGGCUGGCCUCUCAGGCGUUACAGCGGGUGUCCUGCUUCCCGCGAAGGUGCCAAAGAUUCAAUUGACGAUCUUUGAUAAGAAUGAGGAUGUCAGCGGCACCUGGUUGGAGAACGUAUAUCCCGGCGUGCGGUGUGAUAUACCAGCGCACGUCUAUCAGUCAACCUUCGAAGCCAACACUCAAUGGUCGCAACAAUUUGCGCCCGGUCACGAAAUCCGAGACUACUGGCAAAGUGUGGCGCGGAAGCACGACGUAUACAAGUACGUCAAAUUCGGCCACAGGGUCCAGGAUGUAAGCUGGGAUGACAGUACGGCUGAAUGGACCAUUAGCGGUCGCGAUCUCAAGUCAGGCAGUACCUUUGAACACAAGGCCGAUUUCGUACUCACAGCGAUUGGCCGUUUCAAUGAUUGGAAGCUACCGAACUACCCCGGUGUGUCCGAAUACAAAGGCCAUAUCCGACAUACGUCGAAUUGGGAUCCUUCAUUUGACGCAACGGGCAAGACAGUGGCCGUCAUCGGCAAUGGGGCUUCUGGCAUUCAGGUCGUGCCCAAUAUACAGCGUAUCGCUAAGCAUGUCGACCACUACGCCCGAAACAAGACCUGGAUAGCCGGAUCGUGGGCCGGCGACGAGCGCACAUUCGAUCCGCAAUGGUACUCAGAAGAGAAGAAGGCCGAAUUGAAAGACCCCGAAGCCUAUCUCGCUUUCCGCAAAGAGAUCGAGUCAAAAUACUGGCGCCGCUUUCCCUCUACAUUCCGAGGCGCAACACAAAACGUCGGCAUGCGCGACAAUUUCAUCAAGAUCAUGACCCAACGCACCGCCGCAGAUCCUUCCCUAAUAUCGCGCAUAAUUCCAGACUUCAACCCCAAUUGCCGCCGCCUGACCCCUGGACCAGGCUACCUCGAAGCCCUCACCGAACCCAACGUAACAUUCAUCCAAGACCCCAUUUCCCAUUUCACCGAAGCCGGCAUCGUCACAACCACCGGCGAGCAUCGUCUCGUCGACGCCGUCCUCUGCGCCACCGGCGCCGCCAUCGACUUUAUUCCACCCUUCAGCAUCCGUGCCCGCGGCAUCAAUCUACAAGACGUCUGGAAACCCGACACAGCCCACUCUAAACGCGAUCCCAUCCACUACGGCUGGCCAUACACGUACCUUGGCCUCGCCGUCCCCAACGUGCCCAAUCUGCUUUUCAUCGCCGGCCCACACGGCACCGGCCCAUCCGGCACCGUGCCGCACAGCGUUGAGGUCCAACUCACCUACUACGCUAAACUCCUCCGCAAGGUCUCUUCCCAAGGCAUCAAAUCCGUCUCGCCCUCCCGCGCCGCAGCAGACGACUUCGUCGCGUACGCCGACGCUUUCUUUCCCAAGACGGUCCUCACGGACAAUUGCUCCAGCUGGGCGAACGGCGGGAAAGCGGGGCAGAGGAUUCAUGGUAUUUGGCCGGGGAGUGCAGGCCAUGUCACGCUGGUGAGGAAGGAGCCGAGAUGGGAGGACUGGGAGUGGGAGUAUUGGCACGAGAGCAAGAAUCGGUUCGUGGGCUGGUUGGGGAAUGGGUGGACGAGGAAGGAGAGGGAUGAGGAGAGCGAUAUAGUGCCGUAUUUGAAGAAGCAGGGAGAGGUGGACCUGCGGAGUGUGCAUGAGGAGUGGUGGGAGUGGCCUUAG